GGUCUCCCUUCCCCUUCCGACGAAAAUAUUCCCACCUCUGUCGCCCGCCCGCCUCCCCUGCCUCUGACAGCCAUGGCCCACCUCCAGCUCGCGGCGGUCGCCGGGGGCGGCCGCGCGGGCGACGACAUGGAGGAAGUGGCGCUGCUGGGCUCCUACGACGAGGAGAUGGGCGGAGCGGCGCCGGCGGGAGGCGGCGCGGAGGAGGACGAGGAGGAGGCGGAGGCGCACGUGCGGGUGACGGGCAUGACGUGCUCCGCCUGCACCGGCGCCGUCGAGGCCGCCGUCUCCGCCCGCCGCGGCGUGCGGCGCGUCGCCGUCUCGCUGCUCCAGAACCGCGCCCGCGUCGUCUUCGACCCCGCGCUCGUCAAGGUCGAGGAUAUAAUAGAAGCUAUAGAAGAUGCUGGAUUUGACGCUGAAAUUCUCCCAGAUUCUGCAGUCCCUCAACCUAAGUCACAGAAGACAUUGUCAGCACAAUUUAGGAUAGGAGGAAUGACAUGUGCUAAUUGUGUAAACUCAGUUGAGGGUAUCUUAAGGAAACAACCGGGUAUAAAAGGAGCAGUCGUUGCCCUGGCAACCUCAUUAGGAGAAGUUGAGUAUGAUCCGUCUACCAUUAGCAAGGAUGAAAUUGUUCAGGCUAUCGAGGAUGCUGGUUUUGAAGCUGCAUUCUUACAGAGUAGCGAGCAAGAUAAGAUAUUGCUAGGUCUGACUGGCGUGCACACAGAGAGGGAUGCAGAUGUACUACAUGACAUCCUUAAGAAAAUGGAUGGUUUGCGACAGUUUGCUGUAAAUACUACCCUCUCAGAAGUUGAGAUUGUAUUUGAUCCAGAAGCUGUUGGUCUGCGAUCAAUUGUGGAUACUAUUGAAAUGGGAAGCAAUGGGAGAUUCAAAUCACACGUGCAGAAUCCUUACAGUAGAGGGGCUUCGAAUGACGCACAUGAGGCCUCCAAAAUGCUCCAUCUUCUCCGCUCUAGCUUAUUCCUAAGUAUUCCUGUAUUCUUCAUACGUAUGAUCUGCCCGAGUAUACCUUUCAUCAGUACAUUGCUUCUCAGGCACUGUGGACCAUUUCAUAUGGGGGAUUUGGUGAACUGGAUAUUGGUUAGCAUUGUACAGUUCGUUAUUGGCAAGAGAUUCUAUGUUGCUGCUUACAGAGCCUUAAGACAUGGUUCUACAAAUAUGGAUGUGUUAGUUGUUCUUGGCACCACUGCAUCAUAUGUAUAUUCCGUUUGUGCACUACUAUACGGAGCAUUCACUGGAUUUCAACCUCCCAUAUAUUUUGAGACCAGUGCAAUGAUAAUUACGUUUGUGCUAUUUGGGAAGUAUCUCGAGGUUCUUGCAAAGGGGAAAACAUCAGAUGCUAUUAAAAAGCUUGUAGAACUUGUCCCUGCUACUGCUAUUUUGCUUCUGAAAGAUAAAGAAGGAAAAUAUGUUGGGGAGAGGGAGAUUGAUGCUCUGUUAGUCCAACCUGGUGAUGUCUUGAAAGUUCUUCCUGGUUCGAAAGUUCCUUCUGAUGGUGUUGUUGUUUGGGGAACAAGCCAUAUCAAUGAAAGUAUGAUAACUGGUGAAUCUGCACCGAUGCCUAAAGAAGUAUCAAGUGUAGUAAUUGGAGGGACAAUCAACUUACAGGGCAUCCUUCAUAUACAAGCAACGAAAGUAGGAUCCGGAACAGUUUUGAGUCAGAUAAUAUCUCUGGUUGAAACUGCUCAAAUGUCCAAAGCCCCUAUUCAGAAAUUCGCCGAUUAUGUGGCUAGCAUUUUUGUUCCAAUUGUCAUCAGCUUGUCCAUUCUAACGUUCUCCGUGUGGUUCUUAUGUGGAUCGUUGGGAGCAUAUCCACAUUCAUGGUUUGACGGAACUAGCAAUUGCUUCGUUUUCUCCCUCAUGUUCUCCAUAUCUGUUGUGGUGAUUGCUUGUCCUUGUGCCCUUGGUUUGGCAACCCCAACUGCUGUAAUGGUGGCAACUGGAAUCGGGGCUAAUCAUGGAGUACUUGUAAAAGGUGGAGAUGCAUUGGAGAGGGCUCAAAAUGUAAAUUACGUGAUCUUUGAUAAAACAGGGACACUAACACAAGGAAAGGCUGUUGUUACAACUGCAAAGGUUUUCUCUGGAAUGGACCUAGGAGAUUUCCUCACACUAGUAGCAUCUGCAGAGGCAAGCAGUGAGCAUCCUCUUGCAAAGGCUGUAUUGGAAUAUGCAUUUCAUUUCCAUUUCUUUGGCAAGCUCCCUUCGUCAAAGGAUGGCAUUGAGCAAAGAAAAGAGCAGAUACUGUCCCAAUGGUUGCUUGAAGCUGAAGAUUUCUCUGCUGUGCCUGGCAAAGGAGUUCAGUGUUUGAUCAACGAGAAGAAAGUUUUGAUUGGAAACCGUGCCUUGAUGAACGAAAAUGGGGUGAGCGUUCCCCCGGAAGCUGAAAGUUUCUUGGUAGACCUGGAACUGAAUGCAAAAACAGGCGUUCUGGUGGCAUAUGACAGCAGUUUCGUGGGGUUGAUGGGGAUUGCCGAUCCCCUGAAAAGAGAGGCCGCUGUAGUCGUGGAAGGACUGAAGAAGAUGGGCAUUCAUCCAGUGAUGCUCACAGGUGACAACUGGAGGACUGCACAAGCUGUCGCGAAAGAGGUUGGCAUUGAGGAUGUGAGAGCAGAGGUCAUGCCUGCCGGGAAAGCCGACGUGGUCCGGUCGCUCCAGAAGGACGGGAGCAUAGUGGCCAUGGUCGGGGACGGCAUCAACGACUCCCCGGCCCUCGCGGCGGCGGACGUCGGGAUGGCCAUCGGGGGCGGCACGGACAUCGCCAUCGAGGCGGCCGACUACGUGCUGGUGAGGAACAACCUGGAGGACGUGAUCACGGCCAUCGACCUCUCGAGGAAGACCUUCAACCGGAUCCGCUGGAACUACUUCUUCGCCAUGGCGUACAACGUGGUGGCCAUACCGGUGGCGGCCGGCGCGCUGUUCCCGCUGACGGGGCUCCAGAUGCCGCCGUGGCUGGCGGGCGCCUGCAUGGCCUUCUCGUCUGUCAGCGUGGUGUGCUCCUCGCUGCUGCUGCGGAGAUACAGAAAACCCAGACUCACCACCGUGCUCCAGAUAACUGUAGAGUAGAGCCAUGGCUUUUGUGAAUACUGUAACUGUAAGUCCCCUUCACCAUUUUUACAGAAAUGAAAUGAAAAGAAAGAAAAUGGUUUCCUGUGUA